AUGACUCUCAUUUCACCAUCUCCAUGCACAGGAUUUGUGAAAACUGCUGGUGGAAUGAGAAUUGAAAUCAAGGCUAGAGGCCAAGUCAUUGUCAAUGUUGAUGGAUACAAGGUAUAUCUCAACAAUGUACUUUAUGUUCCAAAAGCAAGUGUAAAUCUAAUGUCAGUGCAAGCUCUUACAAAUGAUGGUGUACAUGUGAUAUUUAAUCCAGAGAAUGCACACCUCAGAUGGCCCAAUGGUCAUGAAGUAAAAGGAUAUACCAACACUCAUAUGAGGCAUUGGGAAAUCCACCCAACAAAGCCAGAAGUCCUUAUAUCAAUGAUAGAUGACGAAAUGAACGAUUUACCAGAAUGA